AGUCCUCAUAAACACAGGCUAACACCGAUGUCUAAGUCCAGCGCGGAACGGGUGAAGGAGGAUCCCGUCCAUCCAGCUGCAGAGGUCCCGGAAGCUCUGCGUCAGAAGGUGUGCGUGGAUCUGCUGCGCGAGGGCUUUCCUCGCGCCUUCGCGCAGAUGUUCGCGCUGCUGCGGCGCUGGGACGCAGCGGAUCCGCUCAGACUGCACACACUCCAGCAGCGCCUCGCGUCCGCAGAGACCGCCGAGACACACGGACAGUACGGAGAGGCGUAUGACAACCACAUGUUCUUGGCCAGGUUCUUCACCGAGCCGGAGGACAAAUGGUUAAAGCAUCAUUUCAUAGAGCUGGCCCUCCAUUCAGCUCGCAAAUUUAAGAUGGACUCUGGCAAAAGAGAGGCUGAGGCCAACCUAAACAUUGGCCAGGUUUAUUUAGAGAAGGGUCAGCUGGAGCGAGCACAAGAGCAUUAUGAGGUGUUUUAUCAGCUGACCAUGGGCCGUACGUGGCAGGACCCCAGCGGGCGCAUGCAUUACUCGCGCUCAUGUGAGGAGCUCCAGAAGGUGUUCACGCUGCUGGGACAGAGACUGCUUCAGGAACAAGACUACACUCAUGCAAUUAAGAUGUUCAACAAGGCUUACCAGAUGGCUAAAGAGUCGGGAGAUCGAGGGUCAGAAGGAGAAGCCGCUUAUAGACUGGGCCUGGCGUAUCAGAGCACUGGAGACCAGAAGACUGCUAAACAGUUUUUCAGCGUGUGUAUGGAGAUCGCCACAAUACUUGAAAAUGCAGACAGCCUGGGAAGAGCAUAUGAAGCCAUUGCCAAAUCUCUGGAGAGUGAAGGCAAACUAACAGAGGCAACUGAAUAUUUGGAGAAGUUUGCAGAGAUUUCUCUAAGCAGCAAACAGGACAGGAACCUUGAAAAAGCCUGCAUGUGCCUCGGAAACAUCCUCAGCUUGAGAAAGCAGUAUGAUGGAGCUCAUGAACAUUUUGGACGUGCGUAUGAGAUGGCGUGUAACCUGGAGUCAGUGGUCAGGCUGCAGAAGGCUCGGGUGUGUGCGGGCAGCGCUCGUGCGCUCAGCAUGAUGCAGACCUAUCACAAGCUCAUAGAGACACCAGGACGCCAGAACAUCAAGACAAUCAUCAGCUGGAAGAAGACGAGACACGGCAGCUUAAGUGCACCAUUAGAGGAAGAAAUGAAGAGAUGAACAGUGGAAGGCAGAUGUUUGUCUGAAGGCUGAAUAAAGUACUAUGAUCUGUUUCAAAUCUGUCUUUUAGAGAGAUCCAUGUGGAAAAGAAUUUAAAAGAAUAUACUGAAAACUUGAUUUCAAAUGUACUUCAAAGUAAAAAAUAAAUACAUUUUUAAUGGGA